CACAGUGUUGUGUAGAACACAUCCAAUGGGGGUACCAGCCUGUUUCUAUUGAUACAUCUUAACACAAUGGGUCCGCCCCCUAUGCUUCAAAUGAAUAUAAAUACAUCCGUCAUUCACCUUUAACUGUCUGCAACUGCCCCACAGGCAGUUUGACGCCCCUCAGCCUUAAAAAGAUUAGACAAAGAAUAACUAAUGCAUCUGUCUUUGUAUCUCUUUACAUUAUUGUGAUUAUUUUAAGUUCAAGGGGAUUUUUCACUGAUUCAAACGGCCUUUUUGGGUAACAGUGACAUUGCUGCACUCAAGGUUGUGCUGUGCACCAUGGGAAUCAAAGCAGCGCUUCCCAGGUAUGAGCUCUACGUUUACAAUGUAGUGCUGUGUUUGGCAAUGCUCUGGACUACCAGAUGGAUAUUUGAUGUGUCCAGCUCGAAUUCCAACAGAAAAACCUUCAAGACCACUGUUCAGCCAGGAUGGUCCUACUUUGGCAGAAAAAUGGAUACGGCUGACAUCGAAUGGAUGAUGUGGUUCUCCACGUUCAGAGAGCACAUCAUCUUUGCUCUCUCAGGUCAUGUGCUCUUUGCCAAGAUCUGCUCUAUGCUGGCUCCUCAGUACAAAGCAGUGGUUUACAUGGCGUACGGUAUGCUGGCGGUUUUCACCAGUAUGGGCUGGGCGUACCUCACUCUCAUCCUCUCUCACUGUGUGCUGUUGUACAGCAUCUCUCUGGUUAAGCUCAGGUGGCUCUGCUAUGCGGCCGGUCUCACAACACUGGCCACCUUUAAAAUGGAGCCCUUCAUUUCCUGGCAGGCAGGAUUUGUUAGCGGCUCUUUUGAGCUUCGUCCUAUCCUGUUCUACGGUGGCUGUGGGUUCACCAUCAUGCGCUGCAUGAGCUUCGCUCUUGAUAACUGUGAGAGGAAGGAUGGAAACUACAGCAUCCUGGAGCUUCUCAAGUACAACUUUUACCUUCCCUUCUUUUACUUUGGGCCCAUCAUGACCUUCGACAAGUUCUACAUUCAGGUCAAUAACCCAAACCUAACCAGGAAGGAAGGGGAGAUGUGGAAUAUCUCCAUCCAAGCCCUGGUGCACCUGGCGGUCAUUACUAUAGUUGCAAUCAUCUUUCACUUCAUGUACUUUCUGACUAUACCUAGUGACAUGAAGCUCCUCAAACACAUCUCUGACUGGGCACUCAUCGGACUGGCCUACUUCACUCUGGUGUAUGACUGGGUGAAAGCAGCUGUGAUGUUCGGGGUGAUAAACACAGUGUCAAGACUGGAUCAUCUGGACCCUCCCAGACCGCCAAAAUGCAUCACUAUGCUUUAUGUGUUCUCUGAGACACACUUUGAUCGAGGAAUCAACGACUGGCUCUGCAAAUAUGUCUAUAACUAUCUUGGAGGGAAACAUGAUAACGUUUUGGAUGAGCUCAUCGCAUCUCUGUGCACGUUUGGUGUUGCCACCGUCUGGCUUGGCCCGAGCUGGGUAGUUUUCAUCUGGGCUUUUCUAAACUGCUUUGGCCUUAAUUUUGAAUUAUGGACUGCCAAGUUCUUCACCAUGGAGCCCUUUGUUUCUAUCGAGAUGGCAAUAUCUGAAUCAAUGUCACGCAGAAUAAGGGGUGUGCUUAAUACCUUUAACUUCUGGACGAUUGUUCUCUACAACGUUUUGGCCCUGAGCAGUCUUGAUUUUGCAAAGCUUGUCGCUAAGAGACUGUUACUUAAAGGUUUUCCCUUCACUACCAUCACUGUGAUGUUUGUUACCUACUGCCUGAUUCAGUUGAUUAAGGAAAUGGAAAGAAGUCAGGCUCUGAUUGAUGAUCCAGACCCAAUCCCCCCACCUGCCCCUGUUCCUCCACCCACAAAUGCACCCAGUACCACCACCACCACAGUUCCCAGUACCACGCAGAUAGAUGCUGCUGCCGCCCAGCCUGUGGACACAAACAAGGAGAAAGCAGAGUAGAGAUUAGAUGACAGUUAAUCUUUACAGUUACUUCACCUAAAUGGUUUACUUGUGGUCUUCGACUUCAACACAGAGGAUAUACAAUGUUUUAAUAACAGUACUGUAAGAAGAGAUGCUGUGAUUUUAAACAGCUAGUUUGAAAUUUGACAGGUUUGGUCAACAGUAUUGCAUUCAUUGGCUGCUUUUGACAGUUGUAGGUAUAUAUAAUAGGUAUUGCAGAUACAUGUGCUUUGUUGUUUUAAAAAAAGUAGUGGAAGGAUUUUAUUACUAAAAAUGUUUUAAUGUAGUUUUAGUUGAAAUACGUCUGGCAAAUAUUCAAAGUGUUCUUAAAAGCAGUGUUGGGUGUAACUAGUUACUAAGCAAUUAGUUACUGUCAUUAAUUACUUUUCCCUUGAAAAGUAAAGUAAGGGAUUACUUUUAUUUUUUCUGUAAUUUACUUCUGAUGUAAUUGAACUAAAUACUGUUAUAUAUUCAAUAGUCGAAAUGACAUAGAAAUUAUAAGUCUAACUUUAAAAUGUAUGCUUUAAUGUCUCCUCCUCACAUUUGUAUACUUUGGUCAGUUAAUAAGAAUAAUUGAUGUAGUUAUUUAUUUAUUUAAUGAAUUAAACAAGCCGUUUCAUGUCUAUCCUUGAAUCAAUUCUAAUCACGGUUGAUGCAGGAUAUAGAAAGUAAUUAGUUACAAGUAAAUACUUUUUGGAGAGAGUAAUUUGCACAGUAAUCUAAUUACACUAUUGAAUAUGUAAUUAGUAACUAGUAAUUAAUUACUUUUUCAGAGUUACUUACCCAACACUGCUUAAAAGUAAUCCAUGCAUGUGUUCAGACUGCAAAUGAAAUGAUGUGCUAAUUUAAAUACAAACUUAAGAUCACAAAGUUUAUUAAGUGAAUUUGUGAUGUACAUUAAAGUUAAAAAUGAACGAAUGUGAAGGUCUCCCCAUCAUUGUGCUUCUCUAAAUGUUUAGGAUGUCUCUUUAGUCCAGAACUUUUCCAUAUUUAACACUUUUAUGCAUGAAUUUAUGACAACAUCAGUCAGGAUUUUUUCUUUUUUCUGUUUAUUGCUCUUAUAGGGAAUGUAAAAUAGAUAAAAAAAGAUGAUCUAUACGGUCAAUAUGCGUUUAAUAUGCGACAGUUAGCUGUCCACUUUAGUGACCUUUAUGCUUGAAACCACCCAAUUUGGUUAUAUUUAACUUUUUGCUAAGCAGCGAAAUGGUAAAGUUAAUAAAAGAGCAUCUCAUCAGAGCUGAUGGAGUCUCUGACACGUUUUGCCUUCAUGACAGAGUUCCUAAAUUAAACUUGGACUCCAACAAAAGCAUACAUCUCUUUGAGAACAUUCAAGAUCAGUGAUGUCAGGCCCUUUUCAUUCUUUGAUACAGUGUUUAUAUGAAUUGGCAUAAGCUCUCAUCAGCUUUUUUAUGCACCCAUGUACAGUGCUACACAAACUCUGACCCAUGUCAAAGAUUUAAAUCAUAGUGAAAUUAAGGGCUGAACUCAAACUUUGAUGCGCAAUAUCUCCAAAUUAGAUUAUGAGACCGGCAGGGUCACAAAUGCCCUAUUCUCACUACUAAAUCUGUCAAGAAAACAAACCAAAGGAGUGAUUCACAAAGCUGAAAAGAAAGUAUGCAGUAGUCUGUG